GACCCCAUCAUCCCCUCCAGCCGAGGUCUAGCCCUCCUCCUUCCAGCGGCAUCCCAUCCGCUCCCAGGGAUUUAAUCAUGCGUUUACACCUCAUCUUGGAGUAAAUGACUGAUGGCAGCUCCGCCGGGCGCGGAGGCAGCGCGCAGGCAGCGCGGGCGGAUGGAGUAGGGCGGGACGGGGCGCAGCGCCGCGCUCCCACGGCGGGCGGAGAGGCUUCGCCACCGCCCCAGGUUUAUGUCACCAUGCAGCACUAUGGAGUGAACGGUUACUCCCUCCAUGCCAUGAACUCACUGAGCGCCAUGUACAACCUCCACCAGCAGGCAGCUCAGCAAGCCCAGCACGCCCCUGACUACAGGCCCUCCGUGCAUGCCCUCACCCUGGCAGAGAGACUGGCUGACAUCAUUUUGGAGGCACGUUAUGGAUCCCAGCACCGCAAACAAAGGCGAAGCCGCACGGCCUUCACCGCCCAACAGCUGGAGGCGCUGGAGAAGACCUUCCAGAAGACUCACUACCCAGAUGUGGUGAUGAGAGAGCGGCUGGCCAUGUGCACAAACCUGCCUGAAGCCAGAGUCCAGGUUUGGUUCAAGAACCGGAGAGCCAAAUUCCGUAAGAAGCAGCGUAGCCUGCAGAAAGAGCAGCUGCAGAAGCAGAAGGACUGUGAAGGGAGCCACAGCGAGGGAAAGACAGAGCUGCCCAUGCUGGAGACCCAGGCCACCACCCCGGACACCGAGAAGGUCCAGAGCCUCCCGAGCGAGGUAGGCACGGACCUCAACCUAACCCUGUCGGAGCAGUCAGCCAGCGAGUCAGCGGCGGAGGACCAGACCGACAGAGAAGAGGAGUUCAAGAGCACCUUGGAUGAGGUUAAAGUGGACAAGAGCCCUGGUGUGGACAGCAAGGCUUUGAACUGCAAGAGAGCGAGCCCAAAAGCAGAGUCCCCUAUCAGCGUGACUGUGACGCCUUCAUCCAGCAGUAGCCUGGCUCAGACUCACUCCUACUCAUCCUCACCCCUGAGCCUCUUCCGCCUGCAGGAGCAAUUCCGCCAGCACAUGGCAGCCACCAACAACUUGGUCCAUUACUCCUCCUUCGAAAUGGGGACACCAUCUGCUAUGCCCUACUUGGGCAUGAACGUCAACAUGGCCCCGCUGAGCUCCCUGCACUGUCAGUCCUAUUACCAGUCGCUCUCCCACGCUCAGCAGGUCUGGUCCUCACCCAUCCUGCAGGCCUCCAGCUCCCUUCCAAGCCUGAACAGUAAAACUACAAGCAUUGAGAACCUAAGGCUCCGGGCAAAGCAGCAUGCAGCAUCUCUUGGGCUUGACACCCUACCCAACUGACUGCCAGAUGAGCUACCAGUGCCCAUGAGAAGAUGCACCAGAGGUUGGCACUAGACACUCCUUGAGCCCCCAUCCACCCUCAUCUCUUCCUGGAGUAAGGUGCUCCCUUUCAGGGAAACCUUUGCAUCUAUUAACGUCCUAUUAGCACCAUAAUUGCAUCAGACAUUGAUCCUGGCUUGGUCUUCACUAAAUAUUUAAGGAGGAAGGGGGAGAGGAUGUAUGUUUAGACAGAUGAACUGUCCUCUGGACUGUCAUGAGUUGAGCCUGUAACAUUCAGGAGAAGCCCCCUUUCCUCAUCCCCGCGAUAAUGUGCCAACUCUGUUAUAUACACCGUUUUUUGUUGUUGUUGCGUUCUUUGGGAAAAGAAAGAGUCCUGCUUUGUCUUGUAUAUAGUUUAUAAUGUUGACAGCACCCAUCACCUGUGUGUUACUGUCAGUGUUACAGAACUGUGACGUCUUUUGCUUUUAUUCCCCCCCUUCCUUCUCAGUUUUAGUCACUAGUAUCAGAGUUACAAAUCAGCCAUCCUCCCAACCUCAGCUCGUAGCUAAUUGCACUUCUUGGGUCAGCAUCCUAAAGGUAUCUAUGACAAAGAGAAAUCUUCGUGCACUUCACAGCUCCACUUCUUUCUCUGCUAAGGCUAAUUUUGUAACACCUGGGAAAUUAUAUGAAGGUGAAUUUUCUGUUUAAGCACUUCCUGUAAGGCAAGUAUUUUUUUAAUAGCACUUGUUCAAAGACAGAUGACAAAAUAUUCGCCAAAUGCUGCUGGCUGGGGAGAAAAAUGAAAGCCAAAUUCAUGGGAUCAUUUUUGACCUAGAUUGUUUGCUCGUUGAUCUUCAGUGGAGUGUAAACUCUAUUUACAAACUAUGGAGUUUUCUUUUUGGACAGCAUUUCAGUCUAACUUUGACAACAGAGACUAAUACAAGCUUUGUAUGAACUCCUGGUAUGUUCAUACAUGAAUUAUAUGGUUCUUUGACAAAAACUUGAUUAAUGCCAGCUGUGUCUAGAAAAAAGCCCUGAUCACCAAAUUCUACCCUCAAGCCUUGCAGGUUCAGAAACUGGUUAGCAAGUGAAAAUGUAACGAGUGAAAAAUGCUGAAAUGCUGGAGGCAAAGCAGGUGAUAAGCAAGGGCUUUAUAUUCCUUUUGGAAUAUAAAGCCCAUGGGUCUAAAGCCACUGGGGCUGAGAUGAACUUGCCAAAAAUGACAGACUUGCAGGUAACCAAAAUCCACCAUCUUUACAAUUAUUUCAGCGAACACUUUCACUCUCAUUUUAUUGGCUGAUCCAUCAUGCAACUGAGGAUGGUUUUCCUUGUUGAGAAGCAAUGUUUCUGCCAACUCAACUCACGGUUGUUUUUUUUUGCCAAACCAAAUAAAUCCUUUGAACCCACUGCUGUUAUCCUGAGCUUUAAGCAGGGAUGAGACCCAGAUCUAACCUUCCAUAUUGCUUAGGACGCAACAUGCAGAAUGACUCUGUGGCAGGUGCUAGGUUUGAAUCCUAAGGAUGUCAUCUGGGUUUGCCACUAACACAGUGGGCUUAGCUGUGCUAAUUCACUGCAGAUGAUCUGCUGGUCCAUACUUGAUUUCACCAUGAAGUGUAGACCCGUAACCUACCACCCCUCUUGCUCCACCUUGCUUCAUACCAGGGCAGAAGUCAGGGGUCAAAUUGCCUCUUUAAACAUGGGAGGAAAGAGUGUUUCAACUCAGCUAAUGCCUCUUGAAAAAGCAUCCAACUCCUGCAAACAAAGAUGCAAGAAUAGCCAAGGUUGAUGGGAAAUGGUGUUUUAUCCCUCACGAAGCUGUUGCAAGAGCAGACUUCUGGAGGGGGCAGCUCAUUGACUGCACCAGCUGCCAAAAUGGAGCAACUUCCUUAAAUAGUUCUGUUCUGCCAAACACUUCAGGUUUGGGGCUUUUUUUUUUUCUCUUUUAGUUUUUUUGACUUUGUCAAAUCAGGCCUCAUGAAUGGCAGAAUUCUUCACUUUGCCAAAACCAAAUGUAUUCAUAGGAAGUAGAUUUUUGGCUACCACUUUCAAAGGAGUCUGUUUAAAUUAAAACCACCAAAGUACAUUUACUGUCUCCAAAAAGAUCCUUUGAAAGUCCCAGCUUUCAUUUUUUAGCCUGUCAUCCAAACCAGGGACACUAGAACAAAGCUUUAAUUUUUCUCCUUAUCCUGCCUCAAAAAGCUAUAUACAUCUUUAUUUUUUUCUGCCUUCUGCUAGCCUCAGAGCAUUUGUAGGCCAUGGAAUUGCUUUGCCAAGGCAGAGCAACUGCUGAUUUGAUUAAUGUUCCUUCUGAUGUUGUUCCCUAGUGCCACUCUAGACUGAGCUGAUGAAGAUGAACAAGGGUGGUCAUUCGCAGUGAGACCGGAUCUGGAUUUCAGAUCUUCUUUAAGUAAAGAUACCCAUGAAACUGUGACUCAUGUCAGUGGGUGGUUCAGGCAGAGAACAGAGGGUCAUAGUUGCUCUUGUACCACCCCAGGUAAGACAGGCAUGUCUUCUCUGCUGGGUACUAUGGGUCUGGAAAGGGCAAAAUCAGCUUAGAUCAGGGCAGACGUAGCCUUACCACAGGUCACUAUGGAUAUCACAGCAUCUACCAGAGGAAGGUCAAAGCGUGGAUUUAUACUCUGCUUCUGCAAGGUGGGGACAGGGAGCACAGGAGAUAAGCUCACUUAAUCCAGCACUAGAUUUGCUCUGAACCCCAAGACAAGACCUUCCCUACCAAACCAUGGAGGGAAACUCAUCCCCAUGCCUUAGUGCAAAAACGUAUUCACCAUCUUCAAACCUCUUGAGGAACCCUGGUACCUGGCCCCCUUCAUCCCCUGUGGUAUCAGACAUCCUGACGAGCAGGCUUGGAGCAACUACUGGAACUUCCCAGGCUGAGUGUCUGGCAUGCCAUUAAGACCAUGGACAUCAGGAUGAAGUCAGUGCAGCCCAGAGAGCAAACUGGGUGAGGAGACUUCUAGAUCUCCAUUAAUCCCUAGUGAUAUGUGCUCAGUGUCACCUUCAUCCGCCUCUGUGUGGUGCAGCAGCUGGUCCUGGACCAUGUGAAUAUUUCUUGUGUGAAGAUCAUUUCUCCCAUUCUGAAUCAGGCUGAAAAUACCUAAAUUUUAAAAAUAAACAGAAGAAAACAAAAAUUGCCUGAAAUAUAUGUGAGGCCCUGAAGUAUUUUAUGCCAAGUUUGGGUUUUGUCUUCUUAUGGUCAAAACUAAACAUCCACUAUGGGAGUAAGCUGACACGUAAAGCCAAAAUUGAUUUGGAAAUGCAAGAAAGCAAGAAUUUAGGAUCCCAGCUUGCAACAGUUUAAUAAUUAAUUAUCCAUCAAAACUGACACUUUCCUACAUCUGUUUUAACGUCUCUGGGUGUUUGGUCUUUUUCUGACAAAAAAAAACCCAAACCAAUAACCAGAAAAGCUCCCCAUCCAAUUGAAGCAAGUGUAUGUAGUGGAGAGACCACAGGAAGCAAUACUGCAUCAUUCCUCUUUGGACUUUACAAACUUACUUAUGCAUUUUUUCAGGUGAGAAGAAGUCCUGCAAAUCUCCCCUGAUUUAUAAUGUAAGGUCUACUUGUUCCUUUUCUUUCCAGCAGCCCCAGCUAUUUAGGAAAAUGAGAUCACUGAUGGAACCUUAGAAACAAAAUGGAAUGAGUUUUAUCUCCCCUCACUGUCCAGGGAGAGAUCUGACGCAUUUUAACAAACAUUGCAGUUGGAUAUAACACAGUUUCUUCUAUCUUGGGCAUAAAAUGCCUGCAGUGUAAACCUGAGAUCCUACCUCUUUAGGUAGACAAACUAUUAUGGGGGGAAAAAGAGCUAUCUAUCUUCUAUGGAUGCUGUGCUAACCUGGUGAUGGGACAGGGCACGUCCAGUACAGUUUCAGCCACAGGCAGAUAACCACAAAAAGAGAAUCAACGUAUCAUAAUGCAGAUGAUCAAAUUGAUUUUCUUAAAGCAUGAAAGGAAUGCCAAAUAAAUACACAACAUGGCAUGGAAGGUGGGAGAAGGAUAUGCCCAGUCUUUUAAAAACAUAAAGAGAGUGGAAGCAGUCUAAUGAAUUCCUAUUUUGAAACAGGUUAGGUAUACAGAGAUUUCUUCUGUGGGUCAUUUCCACUUCCUAUGGCUUUGCUUACACUGCCUCUCCUUGGUGAAUUCUCUAUGGCUCCAAACCCUACUCACUGAAUUCUCAAAGGUUUUAGCUAUGUUCCUUGCAGGAUCAGGUCCCAGGAGGAAACAGGUCACAGUAUUCAGGGUAAGAGAUUGCAGUUACAUUUCUUCUACUCUGCAAGAGAAUUCGGAUAGAUAUUCAUAAAAUAAAGGAGGUAUUUAAACAGUUCAGGACAAGUACUUAAAUAAUACAAGUGAGAAAAGAUCCAGUAAUGAUGCUGGGAGACAGAAAGGGAACCUCUUUGUUCCCUUUUUAUUUCUUUUUUUACUUUUUUGACUGACAAGUGGAAACAUCUUUGAUGGUGAAUACAGGAAUAAUGAGAGUGAGAAGGUUUGUCUGUAUUUCCUCCACCAAAAAUCAUCAUUUGAUGUGCAGAAAACAUAAAAAAGCUCACAAACACAAAAAUAGCCAUCAAUAAACAGAUCCCCCCACAUCUCAUUUCUCAUUUAUGCAUUUCACCAGGUAAAGAAUAUUAACCACCUCUAGGUUUCUGUUGCCACCGCAGCCAGCCAAAGAGAUGCUGAAGAAACACCAAAGUGGGUGGACACAGAGGAGGGAACUGGAACUAUUUCUGCCCCUGUGUGCUCCAUGUGGUACUUCCAUUGACAGGACAAUUUUGAGCACUUCCAGGACACUUCUGAAGAGUUCAUACGUAAAGGAUUAAAUAAACUUCAGUAGAAAGGAAAUGUAAAUUCAAAUCCACCAUAUUCCAUUACUUUAAUUACAGUAGCUAUGAAACAUAACUCAAUUAAGCUGGAAAAAAAAAAAGAAGUCUAUUACAGAACUUUCCUGCUGGUUUUUACAAGCUGUGUUGAUUUUUCUUUUCCUCCCUCCUUCCCCUUCCAUGUGCCCCUUGCUGAUUUUUUAUGAUCUGUUCUAGUACAACGUAAUGCAUCUGCUGUUGUUUUCUGUUGGGUGAAAAAAAGCUACUUCUCUGAGUAGGACUGCUCUCCAUCCAAAUCCAUGGCAAAGGGAUAAGAAAAGGUUGGUGCAAUAAGCUAAAACAAACCUGAAACAAACAGAUUUCCAGCAAAGCAAGAUCAAACAAACAAAAGAAUCCCCUGCUCUGAUGCGUGUGUGACUUUCCUACCCUGUUGCAAAACAGCCCAGUAAUUAUUAACGUCCUCUGUUUUCCACAGACUUUGCAGAUGCACUGUUUUGUUCCCAGCUGCACAGAUAGCAGCAUCUGCAUUGUCUCCUGCUUUCUCAGGCUGCCUAGGGAAGGGAUGCAAGAGCUGAGAUGCUAAUGUCACCUAUUCUCUAUAUGGGUGCUUCUCAUUAAUGAAGGGUCUCAUUAAUGCCAAUGCUGAGCAUGGCCUCAGGACCUCAUACGAAGUUCAGGACAUGUUCCAGGUCAGUCAGUCUUACUGGUUUCAUAGGAACCUGCUGUGACUUGUAAAAUGAGACCCAGACACUACGUAAAAACUCUCAUUACUGUUGUAUAGCGGAGUAAUUGCACUGAUUUCAGUGGAGCAAUGCCGCAACUUAAGGACAAAAUUAAGCCACCAGCUGAAUUUGUAAAGAAUAUAAGGUUUGUCACAUACCAACAAAAACAUAUUAUUUUUUGAAUAGUCCGGGCUCCAAGCUAAAAGCCUUCUGCAAAAGCUGUCUAAGACACACAUUAAACCCACAGCAAGUUAAAUAGCACAUCUACUGCCCUACAAAUGGCCAAAGCCUUUUCUACCUGCUCUAGCAAUUGAGCAGGGCCAUCUCAUACAGCAGAACUUUAGAUGUGUCUGUGCAACGGAAAAUAACUUUUUGGUUUAUUUUCCCCUGCUAGGAGGCAAUCCAUUUAUUUUUUUUUCCCCAGCUUCUGACCCAAGGCAUACAGUUAGCUCCAAAGUGUAACCGUGUUUGUGCGCCAAACCUAUCUUGCAAAGGAACAAAGGCUUUUAAAGAACAAAAAGGAAAUCAAAGUAAUAUACUGUACAGAUCGCUGUAAAAUUGAGCUGUAGUGUAAGACCUUGUGCUUUAGAAUUCACUAUCGAGGAACUCAAAUGUGUAUCAUAUUUAUUUAUUCUGGUAGGUAAAAGAAGAAGACGAAAAGAGUUUAUAUUCAUUUCCAAAAAGCUGCAGCAUGAUGCUAUGUACCAAUUGUGCCAGUCCUGCUUUCUGUAAAAUUAUUGCCUGUUUUCAUACUCCGCUAAUAAAAGAGGA